AUGAUCACUCUUGUAUUUAUUUCUUUUCUUUCUCUGUCUCUAUUGUUGGUUUGUGAGUAUGCAGAAAGCAAUUUUUCUGACUCCUUGGACAUGCUUGAGGAUAAAAGUUUAAAAAUAGAAGAUGAUUCUGACUUGCCAUCAUGGUCAGGUGAUGAACGUGGUGUCAGGGUUCUUAUGAAUGUUGAUAGCUUUGGUGCUGUUGGAGAUGGAGUUUCUGAUGACACAAAGGCCUUUGGAGAUGCAUGGAAGGAAGCAUGUUUUACAGAUUUCAUUCACGGGAAACAGUGCAAUAUAUAA